CCAAUUGCCAAGAUAAGCCGGGCCACUGGAAGGAAAAGCGAAAGCAAUCUCGGCGCUUUUGCCCCUAAAAUCCAGCGCUUUUCAGGCGGAAACGCCCCGAAAAUCCCACGUCAGAGCGAUCUCCACAUGUCGUAGCACAUCUAUCUCUCUCGGCCCGCACCCCGAUACAUCUUUCCCCAAAUCUUUCUGUCCACCUCUCUCUCAAACCAAGAUAUAUACCCGUCUCUCUGCGUGGAAAUCCGCCCGUACGCACUAUCCAGUUCCAAGUAGAUCUUCGACGGGUCGGAGGACGACCUCGGAAAUCCGACGGGCGCAGAAUCGUAGAUCGGGAAGGGGAUGGAGGACGACAGCGGCAUCAGCAACGGCGGGGAGGAGCUCGUGAACCGGGGAGGAGCGGGGGAGAAGAACAACGGCGCGGCGGCAGCGACCGGCGGGAAGGCGGUGCAGGCGCUCCAGCGGAGGUUCACCGAGGUGCAGGAGAUCCUGGAGCGCAACCGGGUGCUGAUCCAGGAGAUCGGCCAGAACCACGCCACCCGCGAGCCCGGCGGCCUCUCCCGCAACGUCGCCCUCAUCCGCGAGCUCAACAACAACAUCGCCCGCGUCGUCAACCUCUACUCCGACCUCUCCUACUCCUUCUCCAGCUCCCUCGCCGUCCCCAAGAACAACCCUGCCUCCUUCGCCGCCAACACCCCCAACGCCGACGUCUCCCCCGCCGCCGACGUCGCGAACACCUCCUUCGCCGGCAACUACGCCGCCGCCGCUAAGGGAGCGUACAAGAGGCCGCGCUCUACCCAGUAGAAGAGACAGACCAGCACCCGCCGCCCAUUGUUUUUUUUAAUCCUCCUCCUCUUUUCUGCUCGGCAGAUUUUAGAUUUGUGCGCUGGCCAUGGUCAGGGCUCAGCGGCAGGCAUAUUCGAGACUUUGCUUUUCGCUUUCUUGAUUUGCUAUUUUAGCGUCGAUGGACAUGGGGCACCUUGUUGUCAGAAAUCAAACAAAGAUGCAGGCAGGCGUGCAUGACUGUGUGUCUCUGUGUGUGGGUGUCCUUCAGGCCAGAUCGGAUGGAAUGACUGGUUUUGUCUGUGGGAGUGGCAGGAGAGAGAAGUGAGCAGCGUCCUGCUCCUGCUCAUCAUCAGGGAUCAAGUACAAGGAUGGAUCUGGUGAUGAAUUGAUGAUCAGACUGGAUCUCUUUUGCAGCCUUUUUCCCUCUGUUUUGCAGACUGUAUUAAUAUCAAGCUUUUGAAUGCUUCAACCAAUGUGGAAUGUUGAGGAAACAAUUCAAAUAUACGGAGUAGUUUUAUUUUCUUUA